AUGGUUUUUGCUGAAAUUGUAGGAACAUUAUCAUUCCUUCAACCACAAGCAGAUGAUGAUAUAUCAGAUAGAUUACAUUAUUAUUAUACUUCAACAUUUUUAUUAGUAACUGCAGUUUUGAUAUCAUUAAAAAUGUUUGGUGGAAGACCUAUAGAAUGUUGGUUACCAGCAGAAUAUAAACCAGCAUGGGAAGAUUAUACAGAAAUGUAUUGUUGGGCCAGAAAUACAUAUUAUGUACCAUUUUCAGAAACUAUUCCUGAUGAAAAAGAUGAAAGAGAAGAGAAAAUGAUUAGUUAUUAUCAAUGGACACCAUUUUUUCUUGUUAUUUCAGCAUUUUUAUUUUAUAGCCCAUGUUUAAUUUGGAGGGUAAUGUAUGAUCGUAGUGGAAUAAGAUUAAAAGAUAUUAUGGCAUUUGGAACUGAUCGUGCAAAUAUUCAACCAGCAAUGAGACAAAAAAAUGUUAAUGGUUUAGCAGUCCAUUUAACAUCUAUCUUUCGUCAUAGAUUUUCUUUUGGUUGUCAACAUAGUUAUCAUCUUAGAUUACUUUCAAAACUUCUUAAUUUACGAUUUUGUGCUUCAUUUUUAACAUUUCUUUAUCUUGGAAUUAAAGUAUUAUUUUUAAUAAAUGUUUUAUUUCAAAUGUAUUUAAUGAACAAAUUUCUUCAAACAGAUGGAUAUGGGAUAUAUGGGAUAAGUGUAAUAAAAGAUUUGAUAUUUGGUAAACCAUGGAGUGAAUCUGGAAAUUUUCCCCGAAUAACAUAUUGUGAUUUAGAUAUUAGAUUAAUGGGAGUAAUUCAACGACAUACGGUUCAAUGUGUCCUUGUCAUAAAUAUUUUUACUGAAAAAGUAUUUAUUUUAUUAUGGUUAUGGUAUACAUUACUUACAAUGACUUCAAUUAUUUCAUUAAUAUCAUGGAUAUGGUCAUCUCUAUUUUAUGAAUCAAGAAAAAGAUUUAUCGUAAGAAGACUUGAGUUAGCUGAUGUCAAUUUUAGUGAAAAACAAUCUAAAGAUGAUGUUGAUGAGUUUGUUCGAGAUCAUAUUAAAAUGGAUGGAGUUUUUGUAUUAAAAAUGUUAACAAUUCAUAGUGGAAUUUUAGUUUGUUGUGAAGUUGUUGAUAAAAUGUGGGAUAUGUUUUUAGAAUCGAAAAAACAAGUUAUAGAAUCACCACUUGAUGAAGAAAUAAAAAGUGAUUCAUUCUAUCCACAUUUUCAAAAACGUAAAACAUCUAUGUUGGUACCAUUAGUCACAAUUGAAGAACCAUAUGCAUUGUCAUCUGUACCUUCCCCUACAUUACAUGAAGCAACAAUACCAAUGCCAGAAUUAUCAUCUUCAAUACAAAAAGAAAAGUCUAAAUGUUUUACUAACAAUAAAACUAUUUCUUCUGUACCAAUAUUUGGUUCUCGUAGUACCCACCUCGCUGUAGCCAGAGGUAAAGGCAAAUCAAAUAUAUUUAUUAGUCAAAUGUUAUCAAAAAAUAAAGAACAAGAAGAUGACAACUAUGAAGAUGAUAAUGAUCCAGAAAACUGGUUGUUAUAUUCUUCAGAAAAACAAUCAACAAGUGGAAGGAAAAAUACAUUUUCAGUUAGUGGAAAAGGAAGGUUUCAAGGAAAAAGAUAA